UUCUCAGCAGGGCGGUGCUCAGCUUCUUCUUCUUUAUCUACAGACUGCGAAGCUUAAAGCUCUAGCUUUUGAACGCACAUUCUCUAUAAAGCAACCAAGCAAACACACACAUACCCAGAAGAACGAACCUAAUAAUGUGUAAGAUUACGUUGUAGAGCAAAACAAUAGUUACAUUUCCGUCAAUGGAAGCUGCAAGGAAUUUGCUUUCUGCUCCUCCUACUUUUUCGACAAGAACCCAACUCAAAAGUUCUGUCUUUUCAACACCAUCUUCUUCAGUUUUGAUGUUUCAUGAGCAAGCAGCUCCUUCAGCAACUUCUAUUUCGAUUACUUCUGUAGCUAGGCAUUUUCCUACAUCAGUUCUUUUACAAGAGCAGCGUGAUGACUAUAGACCUCUGCCUGUCUUGCACUUCUUUAAGGAAGAUAAAGCAUACCCGGGAGCAACAGACAAACAGCAGAUUGAGAAUGGGCCAUCACUUAAUGAAGAGAAGGCCUCCUACAACUUUGGCGAGUUGGGAUUUGAAAAGAAAUUGCUCCAGUGGCCUGAUUUAACGCAAUUAUUGUCACUUUUGGAAUCAGAGGAGAAUCCAUUAUCUACUUCGAAUAUGCAGUUUGUUGCAACUGAUACCAAGGAGAUUAUGGAUGUUGAACCAAGUAAUAUAGUUGCCCUUGCUAAGAAGGCUUUGUCAGCAUCUAAACAAGCUGCAUCAUUGGCUGAGGACCUCAAAUUAGAUCUUGAUGAUUCACUUUCUAAUAGUUUGGGGUCUGCUAAUUCGUCUACUUUGCCAGUUGAGGAGGAGGAAGUAGUUACUGUUAGGUCAACCAGACGUUUAGAGAGACAGUCUAAACGAAGGAGGGUGCAACCUAAAGUUACAAUUCGUGAGACCUACAGUUCACGAAGGACGGAUGUAAGAAGAAAGUUGAGUAAAGGCUUUGAUCCUAAUGAUUCCCUUCGAUUGUUCUUGUGGGGUCCUGAGACAAAACAACUCUUGACUGCUAAAGAAGAGUCUGAAUUGAGUAAUCAAGUACAGGAUUUGAUGAGAUUAGAGAAGGUGAAGAGUAAGCUUCAAUCUCAGUUCGGGCGUGAACCAACCUUGGUUGAAUGGGCUGAAGCCACAGGUCUUAGUUGUUCAGCCUUGCAGGCAGAACUCCACUCUGGAAACAGCAGUCGGGAUAAAUUGAUCUAUGCGAAUUUGCGCAUGGUGGUUCACAUUGCUAAACAAUAUCAGGGCCGUGGUCUUAGCCUUCAGGAUCUGCUGCAGGAGGGAAGUAUGGGUCUUAUGAAAAGUGUUGAGAGGUUCAAACCACAAGUUGGAUGCCGAUUUGCCACCUAUGCCUAUUGGUGGAUAAGGCAAACAAUUAGGAAGUCCAUAAUGCAACAUUCCAGAACCAUUCGUUUGCCGGAGAGUGUGCAUACCCUUUUGAGCAAAGUAUUGGAUGCAAAAAAAUCAUACAUUCGAGAAGGAAAUCAUUGUCCUUCCAAAGAAGAACUAGCAAGACAUGUUGGAAUUACAGUUGAGAAGUUGGAUAAGUUGCUAUUCACAACAAGGAUGCCACUUUCUAUGCAACAAUCUGUGUGGGCGGACCAGGAUACCACCUUUCAGGAGGUAACGCCAGAUACUGGUAUUGAGAUCCCAGAUGUUAGUGUGGCAAAGCAACUGAUGAGGCAGCAUGUGCGCAACCUUCUAAGUGUUCUCAGCCCGAAAGAAAGGAGGAUAAUCAGGCUAAGGUUUGGUAUUGAAGAAAGCAAGGAGAAUUCUCUGUCUGAGAUAGGAAACAUGUUCGGAUUAUCUAAGGAAAGGGUGAGGCAGCUAGAGAGCCGGGCGUUAUACAAGCUCAAGCAAUGCCUCAACAAACAUGGACUUGGUGCAUAUGUAGAUUUGCUUGUUUAGAUAUUGAAACACAGACAUAUUCUCUUUAGAUUCAUCGGUUCAUCCAAGGGCAAGAGUGAAAUCCGUUAAGCUUAUGGCAGCUGAAGGGUAUGGCCUAAAGCCUUCAACCGCUUAAAAUGCUUCCACAUUGUAAUCUGACAAUGAUGUUUUUUUGUUAAUAAAAUAAAUUGUAUCCCUGUA